AUGGUCGAUACUUUUCACGACUAUAACGGACUGGCCACGACAGCGCCUCGGUCGGUUCGCAAGAAGUUUGCUAAACCGCCAGUUAAGGUAGCCUGUCUGCCUUGUCGGGCUUCGAGAACAAGAUGUGGCGGCCAGGUGCCAUGCGCGAAUUGUGUUAGCAAGGACAGAGAAUGCUCUUAUCUACCCAGCAAACGAGGUGGGCCACGCAAAAAGAAGGAGAAGUCCUCCCUGUCACCAGAGCAGGAAUCGAGGCAAGAUGAUGCUUUGUAUAAUGCUGUCCCUUCACCCCCAGAGUUUGAAGAAGCACCAGGGAUGUUCAACCAAAUCGAUGAACUCUCUCUGCCUGGCGCAGGUUUGAGGCAUCUAGAUUUCCAGUCUGAAAUUCCCUCCAUGUUCCAGAGCUUCUUCACUGGUGAUGGCAGUCAGUCCCAUAUGCAAGUGCCCUUGGUAUCACCACCCUUGAACAGCACUCAACCGUUCGUAAGAACCUAUGGAAGCGAGCCCGAAAUAUUGAAUGCCUAUUAUGACUUCAUUCAUAACUAUUUCCCCAUUCUUCCGCCACGGGCAUCACCACCGUGCCGAGAUCGACCAUUGAACUGCUCUGUUCCAUGUUCGAGUACAUCUGAACCGACAAUGAUGUACCGGCCCCGUUCGCCUCUAAGUCUUGCCCUGUCUGCGGUCUUGGCUUUGAUCCCGCACCCAAGUGAUCUUGAGCCGUCGUCCACAGCGUCUGUGUUCCAGCGCAGACAAUACGCGCAUACUUUCGCCCAACUGGCUCAUUCAACAGUCGAAACAGAGUGUGAUCUUGAUCUGUCCGCGACUGAUCCUGGACAGGCAUUGUCUGCCGCACGACCGUUUGUUGGACGGGAAAGAUUCCACUCGCAAACUCCGGUGGACUAUGAGAGCCUCCUGGCUCUUCUAGUGCUUUCAGUUUAUGAAUACGCCCAACGCGGUAACUUGCUCAAGAUGCGUUAUCGUGCUGGCCAAGCUCUUGCAAUUGCUUUGGAUAAGUCACUUCAUGCUCAAAUGGGGAAUGAUGAAUUUUCGGAAGCUCGACGGAGAGCCUGGUGGAUGACGUAUUAUUGUGUGAUGCAAGGAUCUAUUGUCAGCACAACGAUGCCUGCUAUUGUUAUCAAUGACCCGCAGUUCACGACUCCAUAUCCAUCGUUUUCAUCAGAUACCGAGGGCUGGGGUAUUUUUAUACAAGCUCAACAAGUGCUUGUAUCGGCAACCCAGUUCAUUGGUGAUCUGAACAAGUGCAUUGCAUCCCAAUCGGGGAUGUAUUAUAUGUUCGAACGAAUGCAACAACUUGAUGCCUGGACCCACUCUGUAAUUGCACAGGCGGAGCUACUCCCUCUUCUACCCCAAACAUCAGAUUUCGGCGAUCACAACGAAUCCAUUACAGCCCAGAGCAUACGCGCAAUAUCCCGAAUCAAACUAUCCAGGUUCGAGCCAUUCCCCCUCUCAUACCUAGAUCAGACUAACAAAGACCCUAGUGCCCAAAUCAAAACGCACCGCUUCCGAGCCUUCUCAGACAUCCCCCUCUUCAUCAAAAGACAUUGCGAUCUGACAGCAGCAAACCCAAGCAACGCUACCACAACCGUCAGCACCAAACCCGCCGGCCUCCACAAUGUCACCUGCUCCUGCUCAAACCUAAGCUCCUUCGAACGAGCAGCCUCAACAGAAUACAUGACCCCAUCCGAUUCCUCCACCUCAUCAGAUAUCCACCCCGAAAUCAACUCAUACGCACCCCAGUACUCGCAAUAUCCAUUCGCAGCCGGAUUCCCCUACAGCACGCAGCAGUCCGCGAAAAUAUGUCUCCAGGCCUCACUCGUCAUCUCCCGCAUGUUCCAUAGUCUGCCCGUCCCGCAGCCCCUCUUGGAUCCACAGCAACAGCAGGGUCGUCCUUUGCCUAGGACCAUGCCUUCCUUCGCAUGCUGUCUGAUGCAAAGUAGCUAUGCGAUGUUCAUGAUCUACUACAAGGCGCGCGUGGCGAAACAGCUUGCGCCUGACAGUCCGCAUAAUGAGCAUGGUGGGGAUUCGACUGGCCAGCUUAUUGAGGAACUACGGCAGGGUUUAGAGCGGAUUAUCGGGGCUGUGUCGAAUUAUUCGCUUGCUUUUGAGGCUCUGGAUGGGAUGAGAGACGAAAUCGAAGGUGCAUAUAAAACGGCGUUCCCACUAGCAUCUGUUUAA